GGAGGGGUGGGGAGCACCAUGCAGUUUGUAUCCUGGGCCACACUGCUAACGCUCCUGGUGCGAGACCUGGCCGAGAUGGGGAGCCCAGAUGCCGCGGCGGCCGUGCGCAAGGACAGGCUGCACCCGAGGCAAGUGAAAUUAUUAGAGACCCUGAGCGAAUACGAAAUCGCAUCUCCCGUCCGAGUGAACGCUCUCGGACAACCCUUUCCCACGAACGUACACUUCAAAAGAAGGCGACGAAGCAUUAACUCUGCCUCUGACCCCUGGCCUGGCUUCGCCUCCUCCUCUUCCUCCGCUACCUCCUCCCAGGAGCAUUACCGCCUCUCCGCCUUUGGCCAGCAAUUUCUAUUUAAUCUCACCGCCCAUGCUGGAUUUAUCGCCCCAAUGUUCACUGUCACCCUCCUUGGGGCACCCGGGGUGAACCAGACUAAGUUUUAUUCCGAGGAGGAAGCGGAACUCAAGCACUGUUUCUACAAAGGCCAUGUCAAUACCAAGUCAGAGCACACGGCCGUCAUCAGCCUCUGCUCGGGAAUGCUGGGCACAUUUCGGUCCCAUGAUGGAGAUUAUUUUAUUGAACCACUACUGUCCAUUGAUGAACAAGAAGAUGAAGAGGCCCAAAACAAACCCCACAUUAUCUAUAGGCACAGCACCGCCCACAGAGAGCCGGCAACAGGACAGCAUGCAUGUGACACCUCAGAACAUAGAAAUAGUCACAGUAAGGACAAGAGGAAAAGGAGGACAAGAAAAUGGAGAGGGAGGAGUAGCCUGGCUGAUGACAUGGCCGUGUUAAAUAGCAGCUUAACCACAAGCACGCUUCCUGCCAAUGGUAGCAAAACUGACAGCACAAGGGAAAAGGGGACCCACAGAAGAACAAAACGUUUUUUAUCCUAUCCACGGUUUGUAGAAGUGAUGGUGGUAGCAGACAACAGAAUGGUUUUAUACCAUGGAGCGAACCUUCAACAUUAUAUUUUAACUUUAAUGUCAAUUGUAGCCUCUAUCUAUAAAGACCCAAGUAUUGGAAAUUUAAUUAAUAUUGUUAUUGUGAACUUAGUUGUGAUUCAUAAUGAACAGGAAGGACCUUCCAUAUCUUUUAAUGCCCAGACAACAUUAAAAAACUUUUGCCAGUGGCAGCAUUCAAAGAACCAUCCAGGUGGAAUCCAGCAUGAUACAGCGGUUCUUGUAACGAGACAGGAUAUCUGCAGAGCUCAUGACAAAUGUGAUACAUUAGGUCUGGCUGAACUGGGAACCAUCUGUGAUCCAUACAGAAGCUGCUCUAUCAGUGAAGAUAGUGGAUUGAGUACAGCUUUCACAAUAGCCCACGAACUGGGCCAUGUGUUCAACAUGCCUCAUGAUGACAACAAUAAGUGCAAAGAAGAAGGAAUCAAGAGCCCCCAGCACGUCAUGGCCCCAACAUUGAACUUCAACACCAACCCCUGGAUGUGGUCAAAGUGUAGUCGAAAAUAUAUCACUGAAUUUUUAGACACUGGUUACGGCGAAUGUUUGCUUAACGAACCUGAAUACAGACCCUAUCCUUUGCCUCAUCAACUGCCAGGCCUCCUCUACAACGUGAAUAAACAAUGUGAAUUGAUUUUUGGACCAGGUUCUCAGGUGUGCCCAUAUAUGAUGCAGUGCAGACGGCUCUGGUGCAAUAACGUGGAUGGAGCGCACAAAGGCUGCCGAACUCAGCACACGCCCUGGGCUGAUGGGACCGAGUGUGAUGAGCCUGGAAAGCACUGCAAGUUUGGAUUUUGUGUUCCCAAAGAAAUGGAGGUCCCUGUGACUGAUGGAUCCUGGGGAAGUUGGAGUCACUUUGGAACCUGCUCAAGAACAUGUGGAGGGGGCAUCAAAACAGCCAUUCGCGAGUGCAACAGACCAGAGCCCAGAAAUGGUGGCAAGUAUUGUGUAGGGCGCAGAAUGAAAUUUAAGUCCUGCAACACAGAGCCGUGUCCCAAGCAGAAGCGAGACUUCCGAGAUGAACAGUGUGCUCACUUUGACGGAAAGCAUUUCAACAUCAACGGUCUGCAUCCGAACGUGCGCUGGGUCCCAAAAUACAGUGGAAUUUUGAUGAAGGACCGCUGCAAGCUGUUCUGCAGGGUGGCAGGGAGCACAGCCUACUAUCAGCUCCGUGACAGAGUGAUCGAUGGAACGCCGUGUGGCCAGGACACCAAUGACAUCUGUGUCCAAGGCCUGUGCCGGCAAGCUGGAUGCGAUCAUGUUUUAAACUCAAAAGCCCGGAGAGAUAAAUGUGGGGUUUGUGGUGGCGAUAAUUCUUCAUGCAAAACAGUGGCAGGAACAUUUAACACAGUACAUUAUGGUUACAACGUUGUGGUCCUAAUUCCAGCUGGUGCUACCAAUAUCGAUGUGCGGCAGCACAGUUUCUCAGGGAAAUCAGAGGAUGAUAACUACUUAGCUUUAUCGAGCAGUAAAGGCGAAUUCUUGCUCAAUGGAGACUUUGUUGUCACAAUGUCCAAAAGGGAAAUCCGUAUUGGGAAUGCUGUGAUAGAAUACAGCGGGUCCGACAACGUUGUGGAAAGAAUCAACUCCACAGGUCGCAUUGAACAAGAACUUCUGCUUCAGGUAUUGUCGGUGGGAAAGUUAUACAACCCCGAUGUGCGCUAUUCUUUCAAUAUUCCCAUUGAAGACAAACCCCAACAGUUUUACUGGAACAGUCAUGGACCCUGGCAAGCAUGCAGCAAACCCUGCCAAGGGGAGCGGAAACGAAAACCUAUUUGCACCAGGGAAUCUGAUCAGCUUACAGUUUCUGAUCAAAGAUGUGAUCGACUGCCUCAGCCGGCACCCAUUACUGAACCUUGUGGCACAGACUGUGACCUGAGGUGGCACGUGGCCAGCAGGAGUGAAUGUAGUGCCCAGUGUGGUUUAGGUUACCGCACAUUAGACAUCUACUGUGCCACGUACAGCAGGCUAGAUGGGAAGACUGAGAAGGUUGAUGACACCUUUUGCAGCAGUCACCCCAAACCAAGCAACCAGGAAAAGUGCUCAGGAGAAUGUAAUACUGGUGGCUGGCGCUAUUCAGCUUGGACUGAAUGUUCUAAAAGCUGUGAUGGUGGAACCCAGAGGAGAAGGGCUAUUUGUGUCAACACCCGUAAUGAUGUACUGGAUGACAGCAAAUGCACUCAUCAAGAGAAAGUCACCAUUCAGAAGUGCAGUGAGUUCUCCUGUCCAGAGUGGAAAUCAGGAGACUGGUCAGAGUGCUUGGUCACCUGCGGAAAAGGGCAUAAGCACCGCCAGGUCUGGUGUCAGUUUGGCGAAGAUCGAUUAAACGAUAGAGUCUGUGACCCUGAGACCAAACCGACCUCCAUGCAGACCUGUCAGCAGCCAGAAUGUGCGUCCUGGCAGGCGGGUCCCUGGGGACAGUGCAGUGUCACUUGUGGACAGGGAUACCAGCUACGAGCAGUGAAAUGCAUCAUCGGGACUUACAUGUCAGUGGUGGAUGACAAUGACUGCAAUGCCGCGACGAGACCAACUGACACCCAGGACUGUGAAUUGCCAUCUUGUCAGCCUCCCCCAGCUGCCCCGGAAGCAAGGAGAAGCACACACAGUGCGCCAAGGACCCAGUGGCGAUUUGGGUCCUGGACUCCAUGCUCAGCCACUUGUGGAAAAGGUACCCGGAUGAGAUAUGUCAGCUGUCGGGAUGAGGACGGCUCUGUGGCUGAUGACAGUGCCUGUGCGACCCUGCCUAGACCAGUGGCAAAGGAGGAAUGUUCUGUGACUCCCUGCGGGCAAUGGAAGGCUCUGGACUGGAACCCUUGCUCCGUGACAUGUGGGCAAGGUAGGACGACCCGGCAAGUGGUCUGUGUCAACUACAGUGACCACGUGAUCGAUCAAAGUGAGUGCGACCCAGAUUAUAUCCCAGAAACUGACCAGGACUGUUCCAUGUCACCAUGCCCUCAGUGGACCCCAGACACAGACCUUUCUCAGAACCCUUUCCUGAAUGAGGACUAUCACCCCAGGAGCAUCAGCCCUAGCCGCACCCACGUGCUCGGAGGAAAUCAGUGGAGGACAGGCCCCUGGGGAGCGUGUUCCAGUACCUGUGCUGGUGGGUCCCAGCGGCGUGUUGUUGUGUGUCAGGAUGAGAACGGAUACACUGCCAACGACUGCGUGGAGAGAAUCAAACCUGAUGAGCACAGAGCCUGCGAAUCUGGCCCUUGCCCUCAGUGGGCUUAUGGCAGCUGGGGAGAGUGUACUAAGCUGUGUGGUGGAGGCUUGAGAACAAGGCUGGUUGUCUGUCAGAGGCCCAGCGGGGAACGAUUUCCGGAUCUGAGCUGUGAAAUUCUUGACAAGCCUCCAGAUCGAGAACAGUGUAAUACACACGCUUGUCCUCAAGAUGCUGCCUGGAGUGCUGGCCCUUGGAGUUCGUGUUCUGUCUCUUGUGGUCGAGGGCAUAAACAACGAAAUGUUUACUGCAUGGCAAAAGAUGGAAGCCAUUUAGAAAGUGAUUACUGUAAACACCUUGCUAAGCCAAAUGGGCACAGAAAGUGCCGAGGAGGAAGAUGCCCCAAGUGGAAGGCUGGCGCCUGGAGUCAGUGCUCCGUGUCGUGCGGCCAAGGCGUGCGGCGGAGAAAUGUGGGCUGUCAGAUGGGAACGCACAAAACGGCCAGGGAGACCGAGUGCAACCCCUACACCCGACCAGAGUCAGAGCGUGCCUGCCAAGCCCCGCCGUGUCCGCUGUACGCGUGGAGGGCAGAGGAAUGGCAAGAAUGCACCAAGACUUGUGGUGAAGGCUCCAGGUACCGGAAGGUGGUAUGUGUGGAUGAGGACAGAGGUGGUGAGGUUCACGGCGUGCACUGUGGCAUGAGCUCACGGCCUGUGGACCGCGAGAGCUGUAGUCUGCAGCCCUGCGAGUAUGUCUGGAUCACAGGAGAAUGGUCAGAGUGCUCAGUGACCUGUGGAAAGGGCUACAAACAAAGGCUGGUCUCCUGUAGCGAGAUUUACACCGGGAAGGAGAAUUACGAGUACAGCUACCAAACCGCCAUCAACUGCCCAGGCAUGCAGCCGCCCAGUGUCCAGCCCUGCUUCCUGCGAGAGUGCCCUGUGUCGGCCACCUGGAGAGUGGGCAACUGGGGGAGUUGCUCCGUGUCUUGUGGCGUGGGAGUGAUGCAUAGGUCUGUGCAGUGUCUCACCAACGAUGACCAGCCCAGCCACUUAUGCCCUGCUGACCUGAAGCCAGAAGAAAGAAAAACCUGCCACAAUAUCUAUAACUGUGAGUUGCCCCAGAACUGCAAGGAAGUGAAAAGGCUGAAGGGUGCCGGCGAAGAUGGGGAAUACUUCCUGAUCGUCACAGGAAAACUCCUGAAGGUCUUCUGUGCAGGGAUGCACUCUGACCACCCCAAGGAGUACAUGACACUGGUCCACGGCGACUCUGAGAAUUUCUCUGAGGUUUACGGGCACAGGUUGCACAACCCAACCGAAUGCCCCUACAAUGGGAGCCGACGUGAUGACUGUCAGUGUCGGAAGGACUACACAGCAGCUGGGUUCUCCAGCUUCCAGAAGGUCAGAAUAGAUCUGACCACCAUGCAGAUCAUCACCACUGACUUACAGUUUGCCAGGACCAAUGAAGGACAUCCCGUCCCCUUUGCCACUGCUGGGGACUGCUACAGUGCCGCCAAGUGCCCACAGGGUCGUUUUAGCAUCAACCUUUACGGGACCGGUUUGUCUCUAACUGAAUCUGCCAGAUGGAUCUCCCAAGGGAAUUACGCCGUCUCUGACAUCAAGAAGUCCCCGAUCCUGGCCAGUCCUGAUCGACUCCAAACAGCCUUGCUUUGAUUCAGUCCUCUCAUCUUCACGCUUCACUUUCUUUCACUUUUCUGCCAGGAGCACCAGAAGGAAAAACACAAUGGAAUCCUCCAUUUUCUAAACCUGCUUGGUGAUAAACUGUUUUUUCCCCAAGAAAAACUAAAGGAAAGCUCCAGUCAUUCAGGGUAAAACUGCAUUACCAGAACCACUUGUAGGAUGGGCACACGGUCUCACCAACAGGAACAGACCUGGUGAAAAUAAGUCUGUGUCAGGUUCAUUACUGGCUGCCCGUAUAUGUGUAGUGGGAAGAAUUCUAUUUUUUUUUUUUUAAACUGAUAAGGAUUUUUGUUAUUGAAAUAACCUUUGUUACUGAAAGCGCCUGUGUUUACUGGACAGUUUACAUGCAUUCAGUUCCAUUCCUCCAGGUUACUCAUUGAAUUCUUGGGGGAGCACUGAAAUCAAAGCCCACAGAAGCCACAGAGUAUAGAGGCUAAGCCUCCAGGCCCUUAAGUCAGAUCGCCUGCCAUGCUUUUUUACCAGCUCUGCCAUUGUGGCAAGUUAUUUAACUUCUCAGGGGCCUCAGUUUCUUCAUCUAUAAAAUGGGUAUCAUGGUGGUCUUACCCAGUUGGGUUCUUGUGGAGCAAAAAUGAAAUAGGGAGAUAAAGCUGUUUGCAUGUCACUGGACAGGCAGCAGGGGCACAGUAAAUGUUGCCUAUUAAUUUUAUCACAUUUUCAUAGGCCUAAGGCUUGCCAUAAGGUUGCAGAAUUGGUCACGGUGGUGAAAGAUGCAAGCUUGCUUGUGAUGGGAGGAUGGGAUUGCAGCCUGAGCAGAGGUUGAGCCUGGACCUGGCUGGUACCCACCACACCAUGUGGAUUUUGUCCACACGGGCCCUUCCUCACCCAGGACUGAGGCAUAUGGGGUACCUCCUGGGUCCAGGCAUGGGCUUCUAGACAAAUGCUUUGACUGUACCAAGUUUCUGCUCUGUGGGUGAGGGGCAGCCAGACAGAAAGGGGGGAACUUGGCCCACCUGUAAGAUUGGAGAGAAAAGGUUGUCAUUCUAAGCUCCUUUGCCAGUGACAUUCUGUGCUUCCCCAACUCAUGAGCGCACUCAGGAUGUGAGAAGAUCCUCAGCCCCCAUCUGGGAGAGUCCCCCCCUGCCAGCACUCCCCCUACCCCAAAAGAUGCCCAUUCUCAGGGCUACUAUCUCGCCUUCCGUCCUGGAGGAGGUUCCAGAAUGGUCCUCAGAGCCAGGCACAGUGAAGGCAGGUUCCUGUAAGCAGGGUGGGAGUGGUGUCCGUGGGUCUCUGUGCUGCUUUGUGUUUCUAGGGGAUGGGACAGGGUCUGAGAGGAGCUGGGAGCCUGUGUUUCUGAAGGCUGGGUGCCUGGCCCUGAGGCCUAACCAUCACUGUUUUUCUGAGAGAAGGGCUCUAAAUCCAAGAAUUACUUUGAAAUUAAAAAUUAAAGUUGUAUUACUGUAUGGGAGAUGGACUCAGUUCCUGUUUGUUUUUUUUUUUUAAUCUUUCAGUUCAUUUACAAUCAAUGGAGUUUAAGUAGCAUGAGAUAAAUGUGUGUGUGUGUAGCAAGCAAAGAAUCAGUUCUUUUUUAUCUACUAUAAGCUGUGUCCUAACCCAAAAUUCAUUUGUGAAAAUUCAAUUAUCCACCAAGUAUAAAAAUCAUACAUUUACUACAGACAAGUGGAGUGAAACUACCUUUUAUAUAUGUGUACAUUUUAUUCUGUAUGAUCCCAUAGAAGUUAGAUAUUUAUACAUUGUGUGUGUGUACAUUUGUGUAUGUGUGAUUAGGACUUUAUUUGGGAAAAAAACAAAUACUGUUGUUUUUUUUAACGGGCAGUUUCACUCCCAGCAGCUCCAAAGAAAUGUAAAUAAGCACACUUUAAUCAAAGAUGUGUUGGCUUUCCUAAAUUACGCGAAUCAACCUCCCUUGGUUAUACUGACUGAAGAAAGCAGAGAAAAGAGUGAAAAGUAUGAACUAUAAACUGUUCUUAAUGGAACACAGAGUCGCUCAUUUUAAUUAUAUGUAAUAGCUCAAACUCUGCUAACAAAAUAUUUGUUGAAAAGAGAAUUUUAGAGGACCUGCUUUAAUGGAGAAAUAAAAAUGAUUUACAGUUAAUGUUUUAUUGUAUGAGAGUGGGUACUUCAAAAGUGCUGGAAAACAUACCUUUUUCUCUGAAAUAGUUACUGUUUCCAUGACAAUCAUGUUUAUGCUAUUUAUUUUCUCAGUACAUAUAUUUUUUAUUCUGUACUAGAAAUAAGUGUUAGUUCAACCUUUACCUAAAUGACAUUAAUAGAGUCCUAGUUAAUGAAGUAACAUGAACAUUGCAGAGCGAGUAUCAACAAUUUUAUAAUUACCCAGACUAUUCCUUAUCUCCAUGAGAACAGGCCGUGAUGGAAAUUCACACAUUAAAAAGCACCAUUAUGACAAUGAUCACUAAUAAUUGAGCAUGUACAUUAGGCCAAGUGCUAUUCUGGGCACUUGAUAUGCUUUCUUUCAUUUGCAGCAAACCUAUGAGUGGAGACGUAUUAUCCCCAUUUUACAGAUACACCAGAAAACUGAGGUUUAAAAAGGUUAUUUAAAGAUAUGAUGCAAGUCUGAGACAAUCUGAUCUCUGCUGCUGGGGAAGGAAGAGUUUGGGUGAAAAAAAAAGCUUUAAUGAGACAGAAGGCAUUUCUACUAUGUCAGCAUCCUUAAGGCCACCAGACCUAUAUACUUCAGCCUAGGGGAAAAGUUCCUGGCUAGAGAGCCAGUUGAUCUGGCAUCAGAUCUAGUUGAUGAUGUCAGACUAGCUCCAGAACUAACAUGGGCCCCUAAAACCAAGAUCCACUGGGGUGAUAGAGCUCAGUCUUCCAACUUAUUCUUGUGCAUGCAUGCUCAGUCACUCAGUCAUGUUUGACUCUUCAUGACUCCUUGGACUGUAGCCUGCCAGGCUUCUCUGGCCUUGGGAUUUUUCAGGAAAGAAUACUGGAGUGGGUUGCCACUUCAUCCUCCGGAGGAUCUUCCUGACUAAGGGAUCCAGCCCACAUCUCCUGCGUUACAGGCCCAUUCUUUACCACUGAGCCAUCAGGGAAGCCCUCCAAGUUAAUCUCACUCAUAAUCAAAAGCAUGCAAAUUUUUAAAAGAGUGAAACUUAUAUAUUUUUUUUUCUUCAAAAUUUCUUCAAAACUUUUUCAGCUAUUUUUCUUUUUUUAAUGAGAUUAUCCAUUGUUUUCAAAAGACUUCCAUAUUGGGCCAUAUGAAUCAAAUAUGGCCCAAAGAAAUUCUGAAAUGUGCACACAUGUAAGAUUCACACCAGCAUUAGUCCCAGUGGAGAAAAACAUGUUAGUUGCCAAACCUUGUGCAGGAGUCAGGGGUGGAGGGUGGCUCAUAUGACAUGGUAAUUUACAAACUGGGAUAUGAUGCCACAGUUAAAUAAGGGGUUUUUCAUAGCAUGGGGAAGGAUUAAGGGGGCUGAGUAGCAGGGCCAUUUGAAUUGCAGCUCACAGAGAAGAGCGUACUUGUUCAGCCUUCUUGGAUUCAUUCAACAAAUGUGUGUUUAGACCACUGCUAGGUUCUGGGGACCCUAGUAUUCUAACAAGGCACUGGCCUUGCCAUCAUGGGACUUACAUUCCAGGGGGGGAAGACAGACAUAAAGAGAGAACUACCCCAUUUUAUAGGGUGCUGUGCAGCUGCUAACUUGGUCAGAACGAUUUCUCAGAGGAAGUGGCUUCUGGGCUGAGUUCUGAAGAAUUUACCAGACAAAAGCUGGUAAAUGCACACAGAGUCCAGUUCACACAGAGAGGGAAAGGGCAGAGAGUUCCAGCUAGAGGAGCCGCACAUGCAAAGGCCCUGUGUUAAGAGGCAUGUUAGAGGAGCAACCCAAAGAAAUGCAGAGGACAAGAACAGAGCAAGAAAAAUCCAGACAGGUAGGACUGUACAAGGCUAGAGACCAGGGUUCAGCAAACCUUUUCUGUAAAGAGCCAGAUAGUAAAUAUUUUAGAUUUUGCCAUCCAGGAGGUGAAAAUCAUGGAUAUUACAUAUAUAUUUAUAUGACAAGAAUGAAAACAAAUUUACACAAAAAAUUUAAUGAUUAAAUUCAAAGCAGAAUAAUAAUUGAGUGUAUAUUUUUGUUAUCCAGAAUCUACCAAGGAAAUGAAUGAAAUAUUGAGAAAGGAUAACAUUUUAUUUAAUCAGUGUUCUCUGUUACCAAAAUUGCUUCGAAGUGUUAUUUUUGUUAAUGCUGAUCUGAAAUGAGAUGUUCUGCACUUCGUCUUUAUGAAUGUCUAUUUUCAGAGAUAGGUAUUGCCAAACACUACUCUCGUCUACAACCACAUCACUUUAAUUGAGCAUUUUCAUGCCUUGGCAGCUGUUGGUGGAAUUCCGUUAGAUUUUACACUUGGUAUUUGCCUUUCUGCACAUCAUUACAUUACAGAUGAAUCACUUGUACUUGAAGGUGAGAUGGAAGCUCUCUUCAGUUACCUCAUUAGAUGGAUUUUGAAAUAUGAAAAUUUCCUUUGCACUUACAUCCAUGUCCAAAAAGUGCUGCUGAAACUGUAGUUCACUCUCACAAAGUAUAUCCACUAUAAAUGUAUGUGGAAUAGCAAUAAAGCUUCUCAUUUUUAACAUUUGACAGAUUUCCCAAUAUGUGUACAUAAGCACGUGUACAAAGUGUACAAAGCACCUUGUACACAUCCCAAGUGUACAAAGCACCUUAACAUGAUUUAUGAUUCAAACAAUGUUAGUUGUUAUUGAAAUGACUUUACCACAGUAUAACUUUAGCCUGUAAGUGCAGUUUUUGCCUUGUAAUUUUAGCUUCAGUUCAUUAAGAAACAUUAUCAAGCCAGAAGCAAAAGAUAGUGUCCAAAACCAUUAAUUUUGUUCAAUGACAGUGAUUGAGAACAGUUCUUCUCGUUCAGAAAAUUUAUUUAUCCUGUCCCUGAGCUCAAAAUUCAUGAUAAAACUACCACUCCUAAGUCAUCCAACUGCUGUAUGUUAGGAUAAGUCAGAGUAUUCAACUUCUCAUCCUGAUACCCAAAUUCCCAAAACUGAUGAAGAUUAAGUCUAUGAUAGAAAAAGAAGUUCAUUAUUAGCACCAUGGGUUCCAUGACACUAGAUAGGGUCUUGUAUUUUCCACAGUGAAUAAUCACAGGCUUUAAACGUCUUACAUUUUCGCAAGCUUUGUAAAUUGGUCCAAAUAAAGCUUUUCCUUCUCCACAGAUGGAUCUUACCAUUAUUAGUUGUCAACACAUCUUAGCAGAUUCCUCUUCAGUUUUUCUGACUAGUGUUUUCUCUAUCUCUUUGACAUACUGUCGCCCAUACUUCUUCCACACGGAGCGUUCAUAGAGACUAAUUAUUUGGUUCCUUCACAACUCAGCAUGGUUUCCUCAAACAACUGAAAGAGUAUCAGUAAAAUCUAUCUUCUCAUCAAAAACCGCAGGAAACCAUUCCAAUUUGCUUCGUUUUUAAAUUGUUUAUUGAUGUGGCUCCCAAAUGUCAUUAAAUUUUGGAGCAACUGGUCUUGCCAAAAGGAUAACAGUGUUCAACAAAUUGAUUUUCUCUGGACAUAUGUCUUCUGCUGUUCCAGUUAAACAAGGUUUCAUGAACUCACCACCUAGUAGACUGUUUUCUUUAUGUCGCUAACAAACACGCCACUUGGACGCUUACAUCUUUUCAUCUUUUAUCCUUACUCACUUUGAUUUCUUAUUUUUGUGAAGAAUUACACUAUGAUGAGAUAUUCUAAGUUUUCCAAAUUCCUGAGCAUUGCUUGCCUGAGAGUUGGGAAUACCAUGCACAUGCUAAGUGUGGUGAUAUUGGUGCAUAGCGUCUUCUUUUGGCACAACUUCUGUGUCGUGUGCUUCCCCUUUGGCUCAGUGGCAAAGAAUCCACCUGCAGUGCAGGAGACGCAGGAGGCACAGGUUUGAUCCCUGGGGCUGGGAAGAUCCCCUAGAGGAGGAAGUGGCAACCCACUCCAGUAUUCUUGCUGGGAAAAUCCUGUGGACAGAGGAGCCUGGUGGGCUACAGUCCAUGGGGUUGCAAAGAGUUGGACAUGACUGAGCACGCACGUACACGGUGUCAUUGCAUGAUGAAUGCAGUGCUUUGCCAUGUAAAUGUGAGAAUAGAAUAAUCCAUCCUACUGUACCUUAAAAGUACAAUAAAGUCUACUUUUUGUGUCUUUUCUUAUUUUGACAUACACUGGUUAUUAAAAAAAAAAGAAAAUGUUAUAAUACUGCAAUAGGCAUGGCCCUCAAAACAGGUUACAGUGUAUCACUGUGACUUGUGUGCGGAGUAGCUGUGUGAGGCUGUGAGACCAACCACUCACCCUGCUGUUGUAACAAGAAAGCAGCCAGGACAUGAGGAAAGUGAAUGGAUGUGGCUGUAUUCUGAUAAAACUUUAUUGAUGGGCCCUGAAAUUUGAAUUUUAUGUGUUUUCUACCUAUCAAGAAAUAGUAUUCUCGGUUUGCUGCUUCCCAACCAUUUAAAAAUAUAAACACUCUUCUUGACACUGGUAGCUAUGUCAAUAAUCAGGUGAAAAGCAAAGCAGUUCUUUUGAGUGGUUUCCUUUGGUUCUUGAUGAGGAGAUAGAUUUCUACUGAGACUCUUCAGCUGGGUGUUUGAGGAGAGACCAUGCUGAGUGUGAAGGGACUAAAGAUUAGUCUCCAUGAAUGGUCUGUGUGGAAGAAGUGCAGGUAAGGAUGUUUCAAAGAGGGUGGGAAAGCACCAGGGCCAAAAGACUGAAGUGCACUCUGUGAAGAUGCAGGCCGUACGAACACAGGGGACAUGCAGGCCAUCGCUUCUCAGCCCCUGCUUUAGACCAUGGAGAGGAUGUUGGUCCCCACUUCUGCUGAGAAGUCCUACCUGCUGUACAUACCGGAAUGAGUCCCACCAAAGCCAGUUCAAGCCCCGGAACCAUAGUAGCCAAGCAGGUGGACUAAGAUGAUGCAUCUUUUUUUUGCAGGAUGGUACCCGGGUUGUCGGGAAGUGCGGUGGUUACUGU